AUGGCUACCGCUCAGGCUGAGAAACCAGCCACCAAAACCUUUGCUAAUGAUCCCGAUGAUGUCUCCGACUACGAUUCCGAGGAUGACUAUUCCGACGACGACACCCAACAAAAGCCUCAACAGCAACAGCAACAACAACAACAACAACGCCGCCGUCGUCGUCCCCAGCAGCAAAAUCCCAACGAUGAAGACGACACCUACUAUUCCGAUGAGUACUCGGAUGACUACGAUGACUACGACGAUGAAGAUGAUGACUACUACGACGACGAGGAAGAAGAGGUCCAGGCCAUGGAACGCUACCAGCCCACCACCAUCAGCAGCCGCGACAAUGUGCCCGCACAACCGAUCGCAAACGGCGGCAUGCAGGAGGCGGAAGGCAAAACCGGCGAUGACUGGGAGGAUCAAGACGGAAUGAAGUUGAAAUUGGAAUUGAACUUGGAUAUCGAAGUCGAAUUAAAGGCUCAUAUCCAUGGUGAUUUGACGUUGUCGUUGCUGGUAUCUACCUUUGGAUUUUAUCUCAUAUUUUCAUGCCUUGCUUAUAAGAAAAGAUAUCUCUGGACAUUAACUAACAGUACGUUGUCUACUACUUCUCCUUUGUUUAUAAGAUACAAUCCUGUUAUUGGUCGUAAUUCUCAGAUGGUUUCUUGGUAUUGUGAAGUGGUCGUGAAACGAUUCUUUACCUCAAAUAUAUUUGGAGAGGGUGGAUAUAGUCUAGCUAUACGAUAUACUCUCGUAGCCUGUUCAUCUAGUACUCAUAUCAGAGAACCUUGA